AACUCAUUCGCUAUUCCCCCUCACACUGAUCAUAUACUCGAAAUUUGGAACCUUACGUUGAAGCUACACACAGUUUUGGCCAACUGAAAAGGGAUUAGCCAAUCAAUCCAGGCACACAUAAGGUUAGGGAACUAAUCCCGCUUAGGCCUAGAGCACGGGAACAACAUCCCAUGAAUGUCAAUUACUAGUCUCCAUCCUUGAUCAAAUCUUCCUCCCCGACGGACGCCAAAUCAACAAUUGGCCCAUCAUGUUCAAUUACGGAACCGACGAGGAUCUCCAGGAAAAGGUCUAUAUCCUUGUCACCGGUGCAAACAGUGGUCUUGGAUUCUCGAUAUGCUGCCGUCUAGUCGAUGAAUUCCUCAGCUCCCCUCAACGUACAAACCAAUCGUUAACCGUCAUCUUCACCACCCGAAGCCCCAAGAAAGGAAAUGAUACUCUCCGCCGCCUCCAGGACCAUCUCCGCAAAACCUCCGCAACACCCUCCCCCACCAGAAGGGUAACCUUCAUCCCGGAGAGCGUAGACCUAAACAACCUCGUCUCCGUCCGCGCGCUCUCCCGCUGCCUGAAUGAUGAGUACCCCAAACUCGACGCCAUCAUGCUCAAUGCCGGCAUCGGGGGCUGGUCAGCCCUGAAUUGGCCGCGAGCCGUCUGGGGCGUCCUCACCGACCUUGUCCACGAAGUCUCCUGGCCCUCAUACAAGAUCGCACCCGUUGGCAUGGUAACAGACUAUCAGACCACGACGCUAGCAACCCAAGAGCCGCGCCUGGGCUCCGUCUUCUGCGCAAACGUCUUCGGUCACUACAUGCUAGCGCACAAUGUCAUGCCCCUGCUGCGACGGUCAGGACAACCCCACGGCCCCGGCCGUGUCAUUUGGGUCUCCAGCCUAGAAGCCACGGUGAAGUUGUUCGACGUCGACGAUAUUCAGGGUCUUCAGACCACGGCGCCCUACGAAUCUUCCAAGGCGUUGACCGACAUAUUGGCGCUGACGGCCGAUCUACCCAGUACCAAGCCCUUCGUGAAGGGUUUCUACUCCGUCGACGAUAACAGGACUUAUAAUAGUGGAUUUGGGAGACCUAGAAUCACUAAUGACGAUAACUCGGCCCCAAAUAUGUACCUCUCUCACCCCGGAAUCUGUGGCACGGGUAUCAUCCCGCUCUCCUGGCCGCUCUUUUACUCAAUGCUUGCCAUCUGCUUUUUUGCCCGGUUACUAGGGUCCCCAUGGCAUACGGUGUCGACUUAUCUAGGUGCCUGUGCUCCUGUGUGGCUAGCGUUGUCUGCUCAGUCCGUCUUGGACACGGCUGAGUCGCUGUACCGGCAGAAUGGUGGCGGUAGGGCGAAAUGGGGUUCCUCUACCAACAGGCUCGGCAAGGAUAAUGCGGCAUCUACCGAAGUUGACGGGUGGGGGUAUGGUGGUGUCGUUGGUCCCGCUAUUGUGGAUGAGGAUCGGUUGCGUCGGCGGAAAAGAGGCGCGGUGGACCUUACAGCGGAAGACAAAGAGGAGUUUGAAGAGCUGGGGAGAAAGUGCUGGCAGAAAAUGGAGGAGUUGAGAAUUGAGUGGGAUAAAAUUCUUGAUCUGGAUGAAGUAAGCCCUGAUGAUUUCGGUCUGGGAUUCUAAUGUCGCAUAAAAAUCGCAUCUCGGGUUGUAUAUUAUACGGUAGAUACCAUGUCAAUCUUCGCAUAUGUGAUUUUUGUACAAGGCGCAGGACGUUCGCUAGUUCUUUGUCAGAAAUGCACAAAUGCACUGUAUUCUUUUUUUCCCCUGAUUCUGC